GUUGUUCCGGGUACUGGGGGCCUGACUCAGUCUGUUGUUUAGUUGUUCGUGUGAGCUGGGGGCAGUGCGUGGGGGAUCUGAGUGACACCCACCCGGUGACACGGAUGUCACAGGUCCUGUUGCUGCACACUCAGGAACCAGAGCCCAGCCGCCUGCGGGGACCCAUCUCACAAGAUCAUCAUGCAGUGUGUAAAUCAAGUAAAACACUAAAAGACAGAGGAACUAGAAGCACUAGCCUAUUGUAAGUCCAUCAUGGGAAAUGCUACCACCAAGUUCCGCAAAGCUCUGAUAAAUGGGGAUGAGAACUUGGCCUACCAAAUCUUUGAGAGUAACCUACAACUGAAAGAGUCGUUGGAUCCAAACACGUCAUAUGGAGAGCCUUACCAACACAACACUCCAUUGCACUAUGCGUCACGAUAUGGCAUGACUCGUCUCCUAAGGUCAUUUCUUUAUGGAAAGGAUGGAAACCCAAACAAACGCAACAUUCACAAUGAGAGCUCUAUGCAUCUGCUGUGUAUGGGAUCUCACAUCAUGAUCUCAGAGGGGGCUGUUGAUCACCGCAUGCCCCGACUGUCUGAUGAUGACCGGAAGAGAUCUGAUUGCUUGAAGAUGGUGCUCGAGUGGAAGGGAGCCAAACUUGACCAUGGCACAUAUGAAAGGGCCGCCUUAGAUGCCACUGACAAUAAAAAAAACACACCUUUGCACUACGCUGCAGCCUCAGGGAUGAAAACCUGCGUAGAGCUAUUGGUGAGAAGUGGAAGCGAUUUGUUUGCUGAAAAUGAAAAUAAGGACACCCCAUGUGAUUGUGCAGAGAAGCAGCGCCACAAGGAACUUGCGCUCAAGCUGGAGUCUCAGAUGGUUUUCUCUCGUGACCCAGAGGCAGAUGAUAUUGAAGCAGAAUAUGCUGCAUUAGACAAAAGAGAGCCGUAUGAAGGACUAAGACCACAAGACCUGCGACGUUUGAAGGAUAUGCUGAUUGUUGAGACUGCAGACAUGCUCCAAGCCCCGCUAUUCACUGCAGAGGCAUUACUGAGAGCACACGACUGGGACAGGGAGAAGCUACUUGAAGCUUGGAUGUUCAGUCCUGAGAAUUGCUGCCAACGUUCUGGUGUGCAGAUGCCAACCCCACCCCCUAGCGGAUACAAUGCCUGGGACACUCUUCCCUCCCCGCGUACCCCACGCACCACACGCUCCUCCGUCACCUCUCCUGAUGAAAUCAGUCUUUCACCUGGGGACAUAGACACACCACUGUGUGGCAUCUGCAUGUGUAAUAUUUCCGUAUUUGAAGACCCAGUGGAGAUACCUUGUGGGCAUGAAUUCUGUAGAGCAUGCUGGGAAGCUUUUCUAAACCUUAAGAUUCAGGAAGGAGAAGCUCACAAUAUAUUCUGCCCAGCAUAUGACUGCUUUCAGCUUGUUCCUGUGGAAGUCAUUGAAAGCAUAGUGUCUAAGGAGAUGGACAAGCGAUAUCUUCAGUUUGACAUAAAGGCAUUUGUUGAAAACAAUACGGCUAUUCGUUGGUGUCCAACCCCAGCCUGUGAGCGGGCAGUUCGCCUAAAGAAGCAGGGAACCAAUACAUCUGGCUCUGAUACGCUGAACUUCCCAUUGUUACGAGCACCAGCUGUGGAUUGUGGAAAGGGCCAUCUUUUCUGUUGGGAAUGUCUUGGUGAGGCUCAUGAACCGUGUGAUUGUCAGACAUGGAAAAAAUGGCUUCAGAAAGUUUCAGAAAUGAAACCAGAGGAACUUGUGGGAGUCAAUGUGGCUUUCGAAGAUGCUGCCAACUGCCUGUGGUUAUUAACAAACUCCAAGCCAUGCGCCAACUGCAAGUCUCCUAUACAGAAGAAUGAGGGGUGCAACCACAUGCAGUGUGCCAAGUGUAAAUAUGACUUCUGCUGGAUUUGCUUGGAGGAAUGGAAAAAACAUAGCUCAUCCACUGGAGGAUAUUACCGAUGCACUCGGUAUGAGGUGAUUAAUCAAGUAGAGGAGCAAUCGAAGGAGAUGACAGUGGAGGCGGAAAAGAAACACAAAAGAUUUCAGGAAUUGGACAGAUUUAUGCACUAUUACACUCGAUUUAAAAACCACGAACACAGCUAUCAGUUAGAACAACGUCUUAUAAAAACAGCCAAAGAAAAAAUGGAGCAACUAAGCAGAGCUCUUAGUGAAGCGGAAGGAGGUUGCCCAGACAUCACUUUCAUUGAAGAUGCUGUACAAGAGCUGCUUAAGACAAGGCGCAUCCUCAAGUGUUCUUACCCAUAUGGGUUUUUCUUAGAACCCAAAAGCACAAAAAAGGAGAUUUUUGAACUCAUGCAGACAGACCUAGAAAUGGUCACAGAAGACCUAGCCCAGAAGGUUAACAGGCCUUACCUGCGGACUCCUCGUCACAAGAUUAUUCGGGCAGCCUGCCUGGUUCAGCAGAAGCGGCAGGAGUUUCUGGCAUCUGUGGCCCGUGGAGUGGCUCCUGCGGAUUCACCUGAGGCUCCUAGGAGAAGUUUUGCAGGUGGCACGUGGGAUUGGGAAUAUUUAGGAUUUGCAUCACCAGAGGAGUAUGCUGAAUUUCAGUACCGAAGAAGGCACAGACAGCGCCGCAGGGGUGACAUGCACAGUGUGCGGAGCAAUACUCCAGAUCUUGAUGAUCGGAAUGACAAUACUUCAGAUCCCCAGGAAGCUGGUGGUACCAGGCGGCAUGGCCCCUCCAUGGGCUUGAAUUCUUUGGAUGAAGAUGAUCCAAACAUCCUCCUGGCAAUCCAGUUAUCUUUGCAAGAAUCUGGCCUUGCAAUUGACGAAGAAAGAGAAUUCCUUAAUAAUGAGGCAUCUUUAGGUGCCAUUGGUUCAUCACUACCAACAAGACUUGAUCCAACUCCAAUAAGCAUUGAUAACCCAAGGUCAGCAUUAAGUAGCUCAGAACUAUUGGAACUUGGUGAGAGCCUUGCAAGAUUAGGAGCCAGUAAUGAGCCUUAUGCAACAGAUCGACUACUCUCAUGCCGUUUCAGAGAUGUACAAGGUGGACUGGGUUCAACACCUAGUGAUCUUGAUUCAUCUAAUCAAGACCAAACCAUGAGUGAAAAUAUUCUUGGCAAUAUUAUGGCUUGGUUCCAAGACAUGAAUCCUCAGAGCAUUGCCCUUAUCCCUUCUGCAUCUUCAGAAACGGAUGUAGAUUUACAGCCAUUAAGUGUCAGUGACCUGCCUCCACAUCCCACAUUAAGGGAACCAUUAGAGAAUAUGGCAGAAGAGCAUGCACUUUUUCAGAAUGCACUAAUUAAUGAAGAAACAGAAAGUCGAAUAGAAGAAAGCACUUCAAAGGAGAAUGUAUCUGAAACUGAAGCUGUGUCGCAAAAUGAUGACCAUACACAUGAACUCAUGAGCAGUAUGAACAGUUCUGAAGAUGUUUCUAGUAGAACUCCUGAAUCUGCAAAUGAAUGGAUUGAACAAGUACAUUUGGUAUGAACGUAGAGUAAAAAUUUGUUAGUAAACAGGAUUUCAUACAUCAUAGAUGAUCUGAAAAAUAGGUAAUGUUGCAAACUAUUGACAAUAUAUAAAAUAAAGACUUCGGAGUCUCUGUAUCCUUUACACCAACUGGAACUUUUAAAGAAUUUCUUCUGCAUUUAUUUGGAGUUUGAUUGCAUUUUUUUUUCAAUGCAAAUAUUAAGGAUGGUGAAAUCUACUUUUAAUAACAUGCAGUCUCUAUGUAGCCUUAGUUUGAUAAUACUUACCUUAAUGUAUGGGUUAAACUUUUUUUAAUCAUUUAGCUUAAUUUUAACAUACAAGAAACUAGUUUCUCUCCUGUUGUACCUCAAAUUUUUUCUCAAUUCAAACAUUUACACUCCACUCAUAUCUACUUGUUUAUUUUUACUGUUUUCCUUUUUGGUGAUGAUCAUACUAAGUACAAAAAGAAAAUAAAAAAGGAAUACUUUGUUUAUUAGGCAGUAUAAUUCAUCUGAAGACAAUUACACACUUAAGGUUGUUCUUCAGUCUCUUUCUCUGUAAAGUAUACUGCAGGGUCUUAAGCUGUAGGAAAACUGAGGUGAGUCUUGAGAUAUCAACACUAACGCUGGUGGAGAUAUAAUAUAUGUCUGUCACUCUAAUCUAUAGAGUUAAUGGUUGUCAUUUUAUGUGACUGUGCUUUGGGCAUUAAGCCCAAAUGUCUAUAUGCAAAACUAAGGCUGGCUAACAAAUAUUACAUGCCUUUACUAAAUUUCCAAUAAUAGCCUUACAUGUCAGAGGAAGGAAUACAUUUUAUUGACAAUGAAUGUUUCCUGAAGCAUCUGAUUUAUAUAGAUGGCUGAAUAAAAAGUGAACGAUGGUUGCUGGGUGAAAGAAAGUGUCAUAACGUGUACUGUAGCAAGACGGCAUCAAACCCUUGCACAGACCAUAACUGUGGGAAGGAUGUUAAUUACUGUUAUUGUUUGGGAAAUAUACGAUUAUGUGAGGGCAUUUGGUAAGAUUUAUGGAGAAUCAUGGAGCUUUAACCAAUAAUAAAAGUAUUCCCAUUCAUCAUAUUUUCAUAUUGCUGCAUGGCAAUUUUUCAGUGUUGUGCAUGAAAUGCAGCUUGAAUGUUUUGGUACAAGAAAUAUGAACAAACAUUGCACAGCACUUUUCAAUAGCUUUUUAUCUGUUCUAUAAAACAGCCUCCAGAUUUUCAAGUGAGUGCUAGACAAAUUCAAUAGGUUUACCAAUCCUCGUGCCAAAAAGCUACGCAGAUUUAAUGUAACACAUAAAUAUAGAAUAUUUUUAACUUAAACAGUGAUAUUUAUUUCCAAAUGUUAGCAGGUGUGGAGUAUAAUGCACUAACUUGUCCCAAACUGUUUUUCAUAUUCCAAUAUUAAUUUUGUUAUUAAUUAUUAUCAAUAGUUAGACAAAAAAACGAGUUAAAAGUACUGACAACAUAUUUAAUUAAAAGUAGACACACGCAUUUUAAAGUUAUGUUAUGAUGUUAAGAACAUUACAGUUUUUAAUUUGGAGAAAUUCAUAUUUUCAGAUUUCUGUUGCGUUAGAAUGGUCCUCUUUCCCUCUGCUUAUAUAGAACAACCAUAGUAAUAAUGUGUUUUAUUGAUAUUGCUUUUGUCAAUAACAUCACAACUUUAUGAGUUUAAGGCAGUUUUCCUAUACAGGACCACUCCAUUGUUAAACAAUGAAUCAAGUUAAAACAUUAAGAGACCAGAUCUUUUAGACAGCUAUCUUUCUUAAACGUUAAUUUUGCUAUUCUUUUUAAUAUCAUUGAUCAGUAUUCACCCAUGCUAAUGGAGUCUCAAAACAGAAGGAAAUACAAUUCUGAAUUUCUUGGUCUUGGCUUUCUAAAAAGCAUUAAAUAAUUUAAAAUUAGUGGCAUUUUAUGCCAACAUUAGACAACUAAAUAGUACAGUCUAUAACUCAAUUAUACAGCUAUACUUUCCAAAUGAAUAAUAGCUUACUAGAAAUCUCAACAUGCUGCACGACAUGUCACCGUGCCUUUGCAUACUCAGAUCAAUAGCUAGACAUUUUAAGAGUUUAUAAUACAUUUUCAUAGCCUUUGUUCUGGAGUAACUCUGCUGUUGAAGUGUAACAACCUGCAUAAAAACCACCCAUGGCCUUGCCUUUUACAGCAUAUACUAAAAACCUCAGUGCUGACGUAGUAUUACAUAGAAGUGUUUGUUUAAAUGACAAAAUAUCUAUCUGCUGAGUGUUAUUGACUAAUGAAGCACAUUUCCUUUUAAGGGCAUACGUCUAGUUAAACAUAAUACAAUUGAAAUAUACAGUAUGCAUUGCAAUGUCUUUGUAGGAUGACUAUAUGUCUUAUAAUCUGAUCCCAAAAUUCAAUGGCAAAAGUCAUGCAAAGCACGUAGUAUGUGUUAAUAGCCUGAUAAAUGAUCACAGCUCUGCUACAGACAUUAUAUAUAGGCGAGAAUCAUGUUAGAAAUUAGUUGGCAUUCCCUUGUAUACUCCACCCAGACUCUUUUAUGCAGACUCCACCAAUUUGAAUGCAACUGAUUUAUAUUGAUGUAAAUUUGAAUUAAUGUCUAACGUAUGGUACCACUAGGCAAGAUUAUAUUUCUGUAAAGGGUCCUGCAGUGUGAAAUUAUCAUUUUUGCUACGCUUGGUUUAACUUAAAUCUAAUUACUUUCAACAUAGCUAUCUUUUUUUCUAAAAAAAUAAAAAUAAACUUCAUGUGAACUUUGUCAUUGUCACUUCCAGAAAGUAAAUAUUUUCUGUUGUAAAAUUAUAUAAAACACUAGAACUCUGAAA